AUGGACUGUGACGUCUGCAACCGCAGUCAUGAUACCAAGCGCCUGCCGUUUCUCUGCGCCGUGGAUGCCAGGAAUCAUAUCUACGAGGGCCGGAUAAAGAACCUGCAUCUCCUCAUAGAGAACGAAGGCCUCCAGAAGCAGAUCAGUGACCUCCUGGUGGACACUACUGUCCCAUCCAAGGACCGCAAGGACUCGCUCCAGGCUCAGCAGCGGAUGGCAGAGGAUAGGACAACCCAGAUCCUCGCUGCUGCUGACAAGCUUAGAAAUGAUAUCAAAGCCGCCCGGGAGGAGAUCAAGGCCAAGAAGGCUGCGCUCUCUCGUCGCAGAUCCGAUAUCGCCGCCGUCUCGAAUGGUUUGAUGGAACGCAGGGUCAAGCAACAGAAGGAAGUCGAGAGGGCGACCAACAUGUCCAAAUACCGAUGGUCGCAGACCGCAGAAGACAUGUCACGAACUCGCUCAUUUCUGUGUAUGGAGGCGGCCCGCCUUUGCGGACUCAAGCGUGUGAACAAGCCAUCUCCAAAUCAAUACGAGUAUCAUCUGGGAGGUCUCCCGGUCGUCGACUUGACCAGCAUGAACUCGCUAUCACCCGAAGUCAUCUCAACUUCACUGGGCCACGUAUCUCACAUACUCAUGCUCACCUCUCAUUAUCUCGCUCUUCGCCUUCCUGCAGCCAUCACCCUCCCUCACCGUGACUAUCCUCGGCCAACCAUAUUCACUCUGUCUAGCUCCUACAAGCAUGGUGAUACGAGCUUUCCGAGUCAGACUGGAGUUACCACCCCUUCCUCCGACGCCCGGAACCCAGAAUCUCAACAUGUUCCGCGUCCAAGGCCGCUUUUUAUCGACAAGCCACUGCCGCAACUUGCCAAGGAAGACCCCGCUACCUUCUCUUACUUUAUUGAGGGUGUCACUCUGCUUGCAUACGAUAUCGCAUGGGCUUGUAGCACACAAGGCGUUUCCAUUGGCGAUAAGACAUACUUUGAAGACAUUUGCAACAUGGGGCGCAACCUGCAUAGUCUCCUCAUUGAUCAGGAAACCAAUAGCGGCAACAUGUUUCCGAUACCUUCUACCCCCAAGAGUCAAGAUGCAGAGGGCGGCGAAGUCCAAACCAACUGGAUGGGUCGAUUUUCCCAUGGCACGACAUUCUACUUCCUUGGCAACGCUGAGGGCACUGAGUUUGCGAAAAACUUCAAGUUACCAGGCCCUAUGAAGCUUGCCGACAGACUCAAGAAGAAGCUAGUGAGUGAGGCGCCGGCGCCUGACUGGGAGGUCCUAGAGGACGACGCUUGGAAGAUCGAGGACGUACCUGACAAUGAAAGUAAUGCUACAAAGGAUAAGUUCACUGAAGGAAAGAAUUCUCCUCACCGAGGGUCAAGUGGUUGGAUGAAAGUGAAGAAUAGAUGA